AUUGAUGACGAUGAUGAUGAUGAUGACGAUCUGCAGCAUCACAGAAGAUGGCUGCAAAUUCAGCAACAUCAGCAUGAUGACCAAGACGAUAUACUGCCGAAACUACUAUCCCAUAGAAGAUCCCCGCAACACAAGAUAGAUAACGAUGAUGAUGAUGAAACGUGGCAACAGGAUCAACAAAUGAGGAGAAGACUGCAAGAACUUACGCUAAAGUUGGCCGACGACCGCGAUGAUGAUAAUCGACUGAGAGCUGACGUACACAGAUAUGACCUCCGUCUAGACGAUGAUCGUAAUGAUGAACAACUACGGAAAUCUGAUGACAAUUCAAACCUCGAUGUUCUAGCAAAGGAAUUAGACAACUUAGCAGCGAAAUAUAAAGGGCGCGGCGUAUUGAAAGUCGGAUACAACCCGCCAUUAGUUAGAAAUGUAAUUAAAAUUUCAUUAUCUUUAAUGAGUCUACUGUAUGUAUGAUAGACAAUCAAUUAAAAACAUGUGCUUUACAGGU